AUGAAUAAGGAAAAGGCGCCGAUAACACCAUUCGGCGACUCCAGAUCCUGUAAAUACCACACCUUCUGGGCCGCCUUUCGGACUUCAUCUUCGCUUCGACCACAUCCCAAACUUGAGGACUCAUUUGGCGAGUGGCCAACAAAUAAGCCGGCUUUUCUCAAGUGUCCGACAGCUGCAUCUAUAUUGGUAUAUUGCUCGGCUCUGGAGCCCGGGUAUAACUUUGCCCUCGGCUUUCAGACCGACACUUCCGACGCCUUCAUGGUAUACCCGAUCGACAUUGUCAAGACGCGAAUGCAGAACCAGAGAAGCACCGCUGUGGGCAAUGCCAGCCACCAGAACGAAGGCGUCUUGCUGCAACUGGUUGGGAUGGCCCCCAAAAAGGAUGUCCGCCUGAUAACCUUUAGUGUCAACAAGACCGUGGUCUCGGAAAAGACCAAUGCUCAACGAAAACCCAAGUUUCUUAAUCACGGCUACCAACAGGACGGACAGCCUCUCAAUUUCUGGUGCAACCCCGACUUGAAGGUGCUGCAGAAGUACCACAAGAAGAUCAAGCCAGAUGCAAAGAAACCGAUCAAGACCGUGUACAUGAUCAGAGACAAUCCAGAGAGCGACAUCUGCGAUGCCCUCAACGUGGAUGAGACCUGGAAGCUGACUUAG